AUGUGCGAGCGAGAAGAGCCCUUCAGUGACAAGGAGUUAAGGAAUAACAACCAGCAGGGUGGUGUGCUGGCUGAUGGUGAUGCCAAUGCUAAUGAUAUCCGGACAGAGGAAGGCGGGAGGUUGAAUGAUACUGGCAUGCUGUCGGGGCUGAUGACUGAAACAGCAGAGCAGGACAAAGUCAUCAUCUGGGGUACGGACUCCCAGUGUGACGACCCUGAGCUGGCUGAGUUUGAGAUGCUGGAGUGCCAGGAGCUGGAGGCGUACCUCGUUGAGGAAGGAGAAGACUUUGUCGGGCUUGCAGACCGGAAGGAACUGCUUGAACAGCCUUCAUCAUGCAUCAAAGCCACAGCAGAACAGGCAACAGAUGAUAAGAGCAGGGAAGAGAGAAAGUCCACUCUGCAUGCCAGUGAGCAGGAAUCUAGUGCCUCUCAUGUCUCUGAGAGCAGAGAGGGGGCCAGGAUGGAGUUAAGCUCUGAAACUGAUGUCUAUUUAUCCUGUCUGUCCACCAUCUCAAGCAUGGCCACUGCUAUGGACACUGUUGACAGGACCCAGACGGCAGACUCCUGGCAUAUUGCCUCUGGUCCUUACUCAACCAUCUCAGAAGACCUGACUUGCAACACCAUCAACACCGGAGACAAGGCCUCUCAACAAGCUGAUCAUCCCUCCCUCUCCUCUAGAAAGAGCACAAUACAUCAGAAAGAUGUGGACAUUAAUUUGAAUUCAACAGUUCACUCAGAGGAUGUUGUAUCACAGACACACGUUAGUAAUGGAGUUGUUCCAUGUAAGGAUGUCAUUGAUGAGCACAGGAAGAACAAUAACCAGAGAAAUAAAUCAGGCAGCACCAUUUCAGAGGGAGAUUAUGAUCGAGGGAGAAGCACCAAGCACAAGGCUUUACACACUACAAAACAAUCACAUGAAGAAAGCAACACUAAAAUGGAUAAAAGCACACAAGCUGAUGAGGCCCCUGGUGUGAACUACAGCUCACCUAAAACAGGUACAAAGGAGACUCAGUCAACAAUUCAAACCAAAGCCAUAAAGAAACAAGGAUCAUUUGAUAACACACUGAAAAAACAAAGCUCUUUUGAAAAGACUUUUAAAAAGCAGCCUUCUUUUGAAAACACUUUAAAGAAGCAGCUCUCUUUUGAUAACUCUUUAAAAAAGCAGGGCUCUUUUGAGAACACAGUCUCCACCAGCUCUUCAAGUCUGGAGAGGAGGAAGCCAUGGGGAAGCCCUAGUCGACCAGCAACGCCUACUUCCUCUAAAACUACCUCCUGUUCGCCCAAGAGACGACCGCCUGGUUCUCCAGCCAAGGUCCAAGGUAUCAGGGCACUGAGCUUGGAGCGUAGUGACUCCCCACAGAGAGGUUUAAGUCAAACAGUCAAGCCACCCGGUAAAGCGUUGUUGACCAGCGGCAUCCCCAAACCUGUCAUGCCCCAGCAGAAAGAACCUGAACCCAGAAGGUCUUCUCCUCCCCAGAAGCCCAAAAAUGUCCGACCAAAAAUCAUCACCUAUGUUCGGGCAAAUCCUCAAGCAAAACCACAAGAUUCCUCACGUGAAGCCUCAACUCAGCCAUUACGAUUAGCCUCUUACUCUAGCCCACCAGCUCAUAAAGAUCCAAAAAUUGGUCCUCAACUUAAAUCCACACCGGUGCUAUGUUCCUCCAACCUGCUGUUUGACAAAUAUCGCCAGGAGACGCAGAAGGCAGGGUACUGUCCUUCAGGCAUGGCUGUGACUGGGGUGAAACCUCCAAGCAGCACCAUCCCUCAAAGGCUGAGCAGGAAGUCGGAAAGCUUUCAUGAGGACGUGACAGAGAAAUAUCUCCAAGAGCCUGUUUCUCAAGAAGGUAGCAGUGUCUACCGCUCACCCAGAACUCUGAGGCCUCAGCUGGGGUUAGGGGCGGUUACCAGACAGCCUGCAGCCAAGACGAGAGUUCAGCAAACAGGUCAAAGGCCAGCCCUGGCCUCAAGUCAGUCUGCUUCAGCAUCAACCCAGGGCCUCCAGGACUCUGCAGGAGAGCAAAAGAGGUCAGGUCCAGAAACCACCCCCAAGAGCCUCCUGCUCAAACCAGGCCAGUCUGGUCUCCGUCCUCCAGGCUUCUCCGCCCUGCCAGCUGCCCGUCUGGCUGCCUUUGGCUUCGUCCGGAGCUCCAGUGUCUCCUCUGUGUCCAGCAACCAGUCUAAUGACAGCAGCCACAGCGAUCCCUGUCGACCUUCUCAGCAUCCCAGCAGUGGCAGCGAUGACACGCCUAUACACAAAGCCACAGCAACCCCCAGUGAGGCUUCCCAUACUCAGAGCCGGCCUCAGCCUCCCAACGCCCCCAGCCUCCAGCGCCGCACUCUGCCUCCUCAGCGGUGCUCCCCACUGGCCUCUAGGAGAGAGAUGCCGAAGGACACAGAGGCGGCGAUGCCACAAAAGUCCUCCCCGAAAAGAUUUGCAGUGGUGUCACCCAAGCCUCAGUCUCCUGUUCGUGGGCGAAUGACAGCAACCCAUGGUUCCAUUCGGACUGACAGGGCCCAGGAGUUGGACCGGGCUCUGAUCCAGCAGCUCCGCGAGCGCUGUGAGCAGCAGGCACUGCAGCUACAGAGCCUCCAGGCCCAGUUAAAGAAGGCUUCCCUGUGCCUGGAUGUUUUCAGCAUCACUACCCAGCACUUCUGUUAUAAGAGCGAGAGUGCCAUUGUGAAAGAGAGGGAACUGUCCCUGGAGCUUGCCAGAAUCAGGGAUGAAGUGGCUUUCAGUGUUGCACACUGGGAGCAACUGCAGCAGGAGAAGGAGGAACUGGAGCGUCGUUUUGAGGCUGAGCUGCAGGGAUUACGGGCUCAGCAGCAGAGGGAGCUGGGAGCGCUGGAGGAGCGGCUGAAGGCGCAGCACAUGGCUGAGACUGAGAGCCUGCAGGCCCAGCAACGAGCCGAGCUUAAGGAGCUACGGGUCAAACAGCAAGAGCAGAUUGAGGAGAUGAGUGAGAACCAUGAGGAGUCCUUGAUGGAGAUGGAGACGGCUCACAAUGACACACUGGCCACUCUGCAGGAGGAGCAUGCCAGGACUGUGAAGAAUUUGAAGAUGGCCCAUGAACAGCAGAGGAAGUCUCUGGAAGAAGAGUUUGAAAAGAUCAGGCUGUCACUGCAGGAUCAGGUGGACACGCUGACAUUUCAGAAUAGAAGCCUCAGAGACCGAGCCAAGCGAUUCGAGGAAGCUCUUCGCAGGAGCACAGAUGAGCAGAUAGUGGAUGCUUUGGCACCAUACAAACACAUUGAGGAAGACCUGAAGAGUCUAAAAGAAGUUCUGGAGAUGAAGAAUCAACAAAUUCAUCAGCAGGAGCUGAAGAUUUCAGAACUGGAGAAAAUACAGGCUGAAAAGAAUGUGUACCUGGAGGAGAGACUGCAAGUGUUACAGCAGCAAAAUGAAGACCUGAAGGAACGAAUAGACAAGAACCUUGCUGUGUCCAGACAACUCUCUGAGGAGAAUGCCAACCUGCAAGUGCACGUGGAGAAAGAAAGCAACGAGAAGAAGCGGCUGAGUCGCACUAAUGAGGAACUGUUAUGGCGUCUUCAGACAGGCGAGCUGAGCCCUCGCAUGUCCCCCAGCUCCUCCCCCAUCCAUCGGCCCCCCUCUGGACAAGGCUCCCCUGCCCGCCCACACUCCUACCAUCAAUGA